GCAGGCAGGAGGCUAUAUGAGAGGAAGUUUCGUGACUUGAGGAAGAAUAGUCUACUGCUUGGGAAGGGAAAACGGGGGUGCAUUUGUUGGGAUUUUUCCAACUCAAUUCCAUCCAAUCCAAGAGCAAGUUUCACCGGAUUGAUUCCCCACCGCACCCGACCACAAAUCCCACCAAGCAAACCCUAAUCCGUCGGCCAUGUCGUCCUCCCCCGCGGCGCUGCGCUUCUACUGCCACCAGUGCGACCGCACCGUCUCCCUCGCCCCUCCCGCAUCCCCGGACGCCGACGUCUUCUGCCCCCGCUGCGGCGGCGGAUUCGUCGAGGAGCUUCCUCCCAACCCUAGCCCCGCGCCUCCGGCCGCCGCCUUCUUUGCCCCGCCCUCCUUCGACAUCCGCCACCCCAGCGACCUCUCCGCUUUCUUCGGCCCCGCCUCCCCCGAGCCGCUCGCCCCAGGCCUCUUCGAUCCCUCCAACUUCCUUCACGACCACUUCGGCGGCCUCCUCUCCGGCGGCGCCACCAUCCAGAUCGUCCUCGAGGGUGGGCCCCCGCCCCCAGGCCUCAACUUUGCCGACUACUUCGUCGGCUCCUCCGGCCUCGAGCAGCUCAUCCAGCAGCUCGCCGAGAACGACCCCAACCGCUACGGCACCCCGCCCGCCGCCAAGGCCGCCGUCGCCUCGCUCCCUGACGUCGCUGUCUCGGCCGACAUGAUGCAGGCCGACGGCGGCGCUCAGUGUGCCGUCUGCAUGGACGACUUCCACCUCGGCGCCGCCGCCAAGCAGCUCCCCUGCAAGCACGUCUUCCACAAGGACUGCAUCGUCCCAUGGCUCGACCUCCACAGCUCCUGCCCGGUCUGCCGCUUCGAGCUGCCCACCGACGACCCUGACUACAAUCACACCCAUCAGCAGCACGGUGAUUCGUCUGCCCCUGCUCCCCCUUCCCCCGCUCCCGCGGUCUCCUCCCCCAGGGUGGCCGAGAGGAGGUUUAGGAUUUCGCUGCCCUGGCCUCUCAGGGCCGCUUUUGGCGCUGCUCAGGCAGAGAGCAGCAAUCCCACCGAUGAUGACGUGCCUCCGUCUGGCAGCGAUGCAGCUGGUGGCCCUCAGUCUCAGACUGGAUAUGAUGAUCUCGACUGAGGCCUCAAUAGCCGAUCUUGGAAACAAAUAGGCUAUACACCAAAGAUGAGAGAUGAUACCGUCGUGUACCAAAUUAAUAAAUGUGCAUCAGAAGUAUGGAGUCCUUUAGGAACCUCUGCUGACUGUUGAUGGAAUAUGGUUGGUUUGUUGACACUGUCAGUGCAUUGUUUCUGAAGGGAUAUGGGCCUGUUAAUUUAAAAUUUGUAUUCACUAAUGGUUGGGGGAGGAACGGUGGAGAAACUGAGUCAUGUAUAGUUGUUCCUUUUGCAAUUGCUGCAUGGUUUUUUUCCUGUUCCAUAAGUCAUUUGGCCUUUGGAUA